AUGGGCGCGCCGGCCGUCUCGGACGAGUACUCGCCGCCGCGUCUCUCGCGGCUGCUGCACUCGCUGCCGCAUAUCAACGUGACGCUCCAUCGCGUCAACGACACCUUCGCUCCCAAUUCGCCUGUCUAUCUAGAGAGCUUGGGUAUUCUUGGUUCGAUACCGGGCGCGUGGCUGAUAUUGACUCUUACGGUGCUGCUUAUAUACCUGCUGACGAGAUGCUGCGACAGGAAACAACGUCCACCCAGAAGUAUCACUGCUUUGAAGAUAACUCUAAUGAUCCUGUCCGUGCUGUGUUGCGGUGCUAUCGGUGUUGGAUUAUUUGGCAACGAUGACCUACAUAAUGCGAUGCUGCAAAGCAUCCAGGCCGGCAACCAGCUCUCUGCACUGGUCAAUACUGUUAAGAACCAGUCAAGCAUUUUAGAAGAGGCAAUGGGAUCUCGUGCGCGCGCUCCUCUAGCUCGCUUGGCGGACGCUCUAGACGCGCCAGUGGCCAACCAGACCGCACUGGGCACAUUGUUACGAGCGCUCUCUGCGUUGAGAAACAAUGCAAGCGCAGCCGCUGCAGCAGCUGACCAUCUUAGACAGCCACUGGCCAAGUUGAAUCUUGAUGCUUUUAUGAAGCGCGCGUGGGUGUGGGAGGCGGCGCGAUGGGCUGGCGGCAUGGCGGGCUGGUGUUGCGGCGGCGCCGUCUGCGUAGCGCUGCUCGCAGCAGCCGCCAGGCGCUCGCGACGGGCCCUGCUACUGCUAUGCGUGGGCGCGCUGGGCGCGCUGGUGGUGUGCUGGCUGGCGGGCGCGCUGCUGGCGGCGGGCGCGGUGGCGGCGGCCGACGCGUGCCAGGACCCCGCCGCCGCGCUCGCGCACCACGCGCCGCACAACCUGCCCGUCGAUAUGGUGCACUACUAUCUAUCGUGCAAGGUGUCCCGAGAGAACGUACUGACCGCUGAACUACGGAACGCUCAACGGGCCGUAGUCGCCGUGCGACAGGCGCUCGCCGUACUCAGCCGAGGAGCUCCGCAGUUGUUUAAUGAUCCAGGGCUGCAGCCGGCGCUGGGCGCGCUGGGCGCGGGCACGGGCGAGGCGGAGCGCGCGCUGGUGGCGCUGAGCAGCGCGCUGGAGUGCCGCAUGGCGCGCGCCUACUUCGUGGCCGCCGCGCGCGCCGCCUGCGACGCCGGCCUCCAGGCGUUAUCACUACAGCUGCUGGCGGCUGUGGUGGCUGGAUUUCUAUUCACAGCUAUAGUGCUAGUCGACUCUCACGCAUGGAUUUACAUCAACACUAAGCGGUCGGCGGGCGGCGAGGAGCAGGCGCCCUUCCUGUCGAGCGGCGCCAGCAGCGCGGCCAGCCGCACGCUGCCGCGCCCCGCGCCCUUCCCCAACGGCAAGCCGCCCUCCUACGGAGCCGCCGUGCAGCUCAUGGACCUGGAGAGGCCACGGUAUACUCACACCUUUACUUACACAUAUACCGGCGAGGAGCUGCCGUCGCGCAUGUCGGGCAGCGCGACGCUGGGACGCGGCGCGAGCGGGGGCGGCGCCGCCGCGGCGAUGGGCGGCGCGCACACGCUCGGCCGCGCGCCGCACAACGGCAAGCCCGGCGGCGGGGCGGGCGACGCGCUCGAACCGGCGGCGGGCGCGGCCUCCCGCGCCGCCGCGCUCAAUCGAUUCGACCCCAAGUACGCGUCGUUCGGGCCGCGCGCGCCGCGCCUGCGGCCCCAGGGCGGCGGCGUGUCGCUCGGCACGUUCGGCGCGCCCGCGCCCCCGCCGCAGGACAAGUACGCCACCGUGCGCCCGCCGCGCCGCGCCGAGCCGCAGCCGCUGUCCGCCGCCGCGCUCGAGUACCGCUCGCUGCAGAGGCCGCGCCGCGCCGCGCCGCCCGGCACUGCCACCGCGCACCGUCGCCGGGCCGAGCGCCCCGACCGUGGCGACCGCCCGGACCGCCCGGACCGCUCAGACCGCCCGGACCGCGGCGACCGCCCGGACCGCCCUGACCGCGGCGACCGACCUGACCGAGGCGACCGACCCGAGCGCCCGGAUCGCCCCGAUCGGGGUGACAGACCGGAUCGCUCCGACCGUAUCGAGCGCACGCAUCCUGACGCGCGAGACUUGUACGCCGUCACCGAGCUGUAG